AUGACCUCUCGUCCAUCCGUAUUACUCCACCGGAACGAGCAUUCAUCAACACUAAGGAUUUUUAUUUUUGUCUGUUGUGCCUUCCGUUUAUUUCACCUGGAGUUGGUUUCCGAUUACACUGUAGAAACCUUCAUAGCUGCUUAUAUUCGCAUCACUUCUCGUCUUGGUCUUUUUCGAACGUUGUCCAGUGACGAAGAGACGAAUUUUGUGGCAGCAGAUCGCCGACAACAGAAAAUGUUAUCUAAGGCACCAGCAGAGUUUGCUUCGGUCGCUACAUACUUCGCUUCGCAUGGUACCCAGUGGAGAUUCAAACCUCCUGAAGCACCUGACUUCGGAGGUUUAUGGAAAGCUGCAGUUAAGUCGACAAAAUUCCAUCUUCGUCGAGUUAUUGGAGACUCUACAUUGAUGUUUAAAGAAAUGACGACUCUAUUAACACAAAUUGAGUAUUGCCUUCAUUCUUGGCCUCUCAGAGCUCAUUUAGAUGAUCCAACAGACAUUUCUGCCCUCAAACCAGGACAUUUUCUCAUUGGAAGUCCACUGAAUGCAGUUUCAGAACCACCGCUUGUAGACGUUUUUCUAAAUCGAUUAACUCUCUGGCAGUUGAUCCAGCAAUUGCGUGAUCAUUUUUGGAAGCCCUGGUCAGCUGAGUAUUUAAAAGAACUUCAAACUAGAUCCAAGUGGACUACUACCUCGUCGUCCAUACAGAUUGGAGACUUACUUCUCAUUCGACAUGAGAACCUUCCACCUACGCAAUGGCCUAUGGGUCGGGGUUUACAGCUUCAUCCUAGCAAGGAUGGCCUACUUCUGGUUGUCACUCUCAGGACAAAGACUAGUAUACUCGAUCGGUCCAUCGUUACACUGCGCCCUCUUCCACGUUCAUCUUAA